AAAAAUAAGUAAACGAAAAGGAAAACAGUCAAGGGGGGGCUCGCUCAUCUUCUGUCCUGGAAUUCCAAGGGAAGCGUUGGCUGUCACGUAAUUUAGAGGGCUCUCUCUCUCUCUCUCUCUCUCUCUCAGACCCCCCGCCCUUGGCUCUUUCUCUCUCCGGAAUUUCUCGCCUGAAGUUCACCUUAUCAAGGCCAUUUCCCCUUCUAUCUCUCUCUCUCUCUCUCUCUCUUCCGGGAUGAUUUCCUCUGCCUGAUGAGGUUCUGCUGUAUACUCGUGCGGAUUUUUGCCCUGAAUUAGUUGAUUUUACAAGAAAUUGAUGUCGAGUUGAAUUAUCCCUCUUUGAUGUCUCUGUUGAUUGUUUAUUGGCAGGUACUUUGGCAGGUGAAUGCUUACUGAAGGCCUCAAUCUACUGCACGUAUUGGCAAUGGUGCUCAUGGAACCAAUUGAAUAGUUCAUUCAGAAUUAUGGAAGGAUGAAUCAUUCCUAAUGAGCAUAAAUUGGGAUUUCUUGGUGCCACAAGGUGCUACUAUUGAGGAGGGAGAGAGUUUAAGGAAUACUGUUGAAUUGGUGAGAUCAGUUCCUGAUAAGCAAUUUGAUCUUCUGAGGCCUUCAGCUCGAUCCCACUCACUAUUUAAAGGGCAAGCAACAGACACUUCUGACCAUGAUAAAGGCAAGUAUACCCUCAUCAAAGAUGUAGAGGACUUCCAAUCGGGCACUUACGACAAGCCCCUACCUUGCUUUGGUUGUGGAAUAGGAUGGUUUUCAUUUCUAUCCGGCUUUGUUUUCCCGGUUAUGUGGUAUUACGCCACAAUUCUCUACUUUGGGAAUCACUACCGGAAGGAUCCUAGAGAGCGAGCUGGUCUUGCUGCUUCCGCUAUUGCUGCAAUGGCAUGUUCAGUUGUAUUGUUGAUCAUAGUAGUUGUUAUUCUUCUAUUCUAGCUGGUCUGUGAAAUUCCCUCCCCUCUUUACCCUGCUGCCCAUCUGCAACUACUGAUAGAAGACAAUUGAAUUGAAGAAAAGCUAUAAUUCAUGUUCAGAUGAAAAUCUUCGGUACAAGAAAGUUAAAGCAAGAGGCCCUGCAAUGGGUUUCAGAUAGGAAAAUUUUCAUGCUACAGAAACUGCUUCCGAUUUGAAGAGAAACAAAACAAGAGGGAAGACAACACCCUGAAAUUGGCUCAUCGCCCAUGUAUGCACUGCAGAGGGAUGAACAUUAAGAGUGUGUACUCUUUUAUUUGACAUUGGAUUGUAGCAUCGUCUACACAAAAUUGAGGUUUCAAUCAUAAAUAGAUAAACAUAAUAAGUUCAUAUUAUAUAACAAAAAAGAUUCAUAUUGAGUUA